AUGCAUAGCAACAAUAGCAGCAAUCAUAACUACCUAUCAGAACAUUUGCCUGUGCUUGUCAAUGGCAACAAUAAAGACAUACUCAAGCAUUUGGAAUCUUUGAGGACUCGCUUAGGUUUUGCUCGAUUCAAGCUUCGAAAUGGCUGGGAGAAAAACUCACUGGGAGAUGUUGAAUGCUUUUGGAAACAAAGACAACGUCAAUUAAUUAAAGAAAUUCCUAUACCUCGGUUCACUCAGCAAGAUAUCAUUGAUAAACGCUCAUAUAUACCCGCUUCAGGUGCAAGAUAUACCAAAUCUAAAAAACUAAAGUACGAGUCUCGAGCACAAUCUCAACAAAAAAAACAUCAAGAUCAACAUGCAACAGCCAGAAGCAGCUGCCAAGACACUAUAUUCUUCGCUUCACAGCAACAGCAACUUAAAGAACAACAACAACAAACAUAUUUUUUUCAUCACUAUGACAAAGAUGCAUGGAAUGAUAAGAAAUCAAUUCCCUAUCCCCCAGAGCCAGCUUCACUACCAACAACCAAUAUCCGAAAUCACUCCAUUUCCUCUUUUGAUGCUUCGUUUGUGCCAGAUAACUUAAAUGGCGAACCUUCCAAUGUCAAAAACUCACUAGAUUAUUUAUCAUAUGCUAUUGCUAUGACAGAAGGAGGGCAUUCGCCUACCGCUUCACAUAGACAAGAUAGUGAUUUAAUGCCAAAAGAGCCAACAUUACUGGAAGAUGAUGGAGAAGAGGAUGAGGACACCGAUAUUAAUCUAAGAGAUGAUGUGAGCCCUGACUGGACAAGGACAAGCCAACUACGAUUGUCACUUUCAAUUCCAAAUCAAAUGAUAAUGGAGGAAAACGACAAAAGAACACCAAGGACUCCUGUAUCGGCAACAAAUGCAGCCGCUCAAGCCAUGCUGAUGUUUGUGAAAAGGGAACAAAAUCAACAGGACCAAUCUUCAAACAUUCGCACUGUAUCUUCCAACUAA